AUAGUACAAUAUUAUUGCUUCACACAUAUACAUACCAACAGUUCAAUUUUAUAUAAAUUUAACUUAUUCAAAAGUUUAUUCGAUGCCAGUUCUCUGAACUUGCAAUAAAAGAGCAUUAAUAUGCAAGAAAUAUACAAGAAGAGUUUAAUAGAUGGAAUAAGAGUCACACACAUGACAUAUCGAGUAAAAGUUACAGUUUAGCUAAUCCAAGUGCUAACUUUGCUCUGCAAUCUGUUAUCUCUUUAUUGAAGAAAAUUCGAAAUAUCUCCAAAUGCGUGGGUGCUUGUAUACGCACAUACGUAGAAACUACAGGGUAUGCUGAGAAGAGAAUGAACUGAGAGGAGAAAAAGAGAAGGAGAAAGCGUAACGCGAAGCGGUGAGUUCGUACAGAAAUAGAAAAGCGGCAUGAAAAUUCAUUUAGUGCUGGUCAACGUGCAGCUUCCCAGUCACAAGUAUUGUUCCCUGUUUUAAAUCCUGUGUGGAAAUAAGAAUGACACGUGUUCCGAUGAGAUCUUCCUUGAGGAGCCGCGAUUCCAAUUCAACGUUAACCGACACGGAUCUGAGGGAACGCAUAAAAGACUAUUGCCGAAAAUUUAUCGCCUUUAUGUGCACUCAGGUCGGUGUAGGCGGACUCGUGGUCGGUUACGCAAUAAUAGGCGCUUUCGGCUUUAUGAUGAUCGAGACUCAAAGUCAAAUUAUGCCAACGACGAUUUGCGUUCGGGAGUUGAUCAGAAAGCAGUGUGCCGAGGAGCUGUGGUAUAAUACCGCAAGUAAUCGGAAUAUAAAUGUAUUCGAUAGAACAUCGUUUCACGCAGUGUCGAACCGAAUCCUCCAGCGUUACCAGGACAAUUUUACGGCCAAUUACAAAAAGGAAAACUGUAGCGGUCUAACACCGACCGACGUCUGGUCUUUUCCGGCAGCAAUGAUGUUCUGCCUCUCGGUAUUCACGAUGAUCGGUUACGGGACUUUGGUACCUCAAACUGCUUGGGGAAAGGCAGUCACAGUUCUGUAUGCUGUAUUGGGAAUUCCGCUUUACGUACUGUAUUUCCUGAAUAUGGGAAAGGUGUUGGCGCAAACUUUUCGUUCAUUGUACACGUGGUUGCAUGAGUGUACCGGUAAACGAAAACCUGGCCAGAGAAUCACAGUGCCGUCGACAGCUUGCCUCUGGGUGAUCUUUGGAUAUGUGCUAGGCGGUUCGAUAAUGUUCGCUGAGUGGGAAGGAUGGGACUAUUUAGACAGUGCCUACUUCUGCGUGACAUCUUUAUGCAAAAUUGGAAUGGGUGAUCUUGUUCCCGGAUGGACGCACAAUGAUUUAAAUGCCGAGAGUCAAACCAAACUGAUAAUCAAUUUUAUUUAUUUAUUACUCGGUAUGGGACUUAUCGCUAUGUGUUACGAUCUAAUGAAAGAAGACGUUUACGUGAAAGUUAGGGAAAUGAAAAACCAGUUUCUUGAGGUCAUUGACACCGCUCAUUAUCAAAUAGAGAUAUGUUGCAGAUCGGAAUCAGUAAAUUAAUUUUAUAAACACUUGAUGAGAGAACAUCGAAAACAAAUUUUCAAAUUAAAGAUUAAUGAUAAAAAGGAGCAAAAAAUGUGAUUGUUUAAUCCAAUUUAUUCUACCUUAUAUAUAUUAUACUUAACAUUAUUUAUAUUAAAAGAAACUAGCCAUCA